AUGCUGGCCCCAGAGUCUGCGUCUGCUCGACUGAGCUCCGCGGCUUCCUGUGGCUACAGCGGCUCGGGCUGUGGUGCUGUCCGCGCAAAGCGCCUCUCCGUGCGGCUGCAGCGGGCUUCGGCUGUCGGUCAGGAGAGCGAAAGGAGCAGGAAGCAGCAAGCCAACAUCAGCGGGGUUAGAGGGCAAAGGCUACCCGCCUGUAAUCCAAUCAAAGAGCGGCUCAGCUCUGGAGGAGGGCCGGGGUUUGGGAGCACUGCGCCCGCUGAGGGGGUGGGGACGCCCAGGAAAUUAACACUGUACAAUUUAAGCAAAAUGUUGGAAGCGACUAACUCAAAUAUGAUCACCAAGUAUUAUGAUUUGCUGGUUUGUUUUGAUUAA